AUGCCAGUCCAGCGCGUUAUCAUCAUUGGAGGCGGCAUCACCGGUGUCGCAGCCGCGCUCGCACUCACUCGACACAACGGCAUGACCUGUUCGGUCUUCGAGAUCAGGUCCGAACCUGCUACGAUCGGCGGAGCGAUCGGUUUGACCCCGAAAGCGUUGCGGUAUCUAGAUCACCUCGGCGUUCUCUCUCGGCUCCAAUCCAAGGGCUGCGAAGUCAAGAAGAUUGACAUUAUAUCCCAUCGCACGGGCCAUGGACUGGGCACGAUCGACUUCGACCACCCGGGGAAGUUCAAGCAUCGUGGUCUACGUGUCAUGCGGUUCCAACUUCUUGAAGCAAUGUUGGAGACUCUGGAAGAGCUUGGUGUCAAAGUGCAAUAUGGCAUGAAAAUAGAAUCCGUCAUGGAAGAGGGGGAAGUGAUCACUGCGACGUUCGAAGGCGGAUGCACAGUCAAGGGCCACAUUCUACUCGGAUGCGAUGGGAUUCAUUCGGCCGUUCGCACAAACUUCAUUCAGCAUGAUCGGAAACCAGAGUACACUGGCAUCGCAAACGCCUACGGAUUUGUGAACACCCAUGACUUGCCGCAAGAGCUUCCAAUUGAGUCAACGGCGCUCUACUCUGGACGAUUUGGUUCCUUGCUGCUAGCAUACACCGAGCCGACGAAAUCGCGCUUGUACUUCUCUGCCGUUAUGCGUGCCGAGGACGUUGGCAGCCGCGAAGGCUGGACAGUUAAAGGCCAGGACCAGAAAGCCCUCAAGUCCGAUCUUUUGAGACGUUUCUCAACUCCGACACUACCGUUCCUAGGAAAAAUCCUCCAGAGAGCAGAUGCAUUCACGCUGUACCCUGUUUACCGACUUCCCGAGAACGGUGUCUGGAGCUCCCAUCGUAUGCUCCUACUUGGAGAUGCAGCUCAUGCUAUGCCACCGCAAGGCGAAAGCGUCGGGCUGGCCCUCGAAGACGUCCUCCUUCUCUCCCGGAUCCUUGAUCUCCAUGAAACGAGGGCGGUUCCAGAACUGUUCAAGGGCUAUGACAGCUUGCGGAGGUCGCCCGUCAAUGCUGCCGUUAAGGAAGCGAAUUUCGGUUUUGAGACAAUUCAAGACCGUGGGUGGCUGACUACUAUCGCUAUGGAGUGGCUCACAUGGGCCUUUCUUAAGUGGCGAGCGUCGCGCAAAGAGCAGGAACUGGCCUCGGACGUACGAGAUAUUCCCUUAUGCCUCUAA